AUGCAGCAAUAUCAUCUGGAAGGCAUACGACAGCAAACGCAAGGGCUGUGUCAUAUUUCGCAGUUGAAGAAUGAAAGAGUGAAUUCUGUCGCUGAUGUGCUCAAUAGAGGUCAACGUGUUAAAGUGAAGGUAAUUUGGGGGUUUUUAUUUCACCUUUUUAGCACGUGCUCACGUCUUUUAUGA